UGUUUUGUGUUUCUAUUUUUUUAUUUUUAAUAUUUUCGUUUUUCUUUUACUUGCGCUCCCUGCAUACGUAUAAUACGCGGUGUGUAAGAUGAUGCAACAACAACUGCAACGUCCCAUAACAUCGGGCAGCCGUCAAGCACCCGAUCCGUAUGAUCAGUUCCUGGAGAGCCGUUGUCUCUAUCGUAAGCAUACAGCUAGAGAUGCUUCUAGUCUUUUUCGAGUCAUUGCCGAGCAAAUGUACGAUACGCAAAUGCUCAAUUAUGAAGUGCGUUUGGAAUGUGUGCGCUUCAUGACACUAAAACGUCGCAUCUUUGCGCAGGAUGUGAGUGGUGAUUUUGAUAGCUACUUGCAUGACAUGACCAAGCCGAAGACUUACGGCACCAUGCUGGAACUGCGCGCCAUGUGUUGCAUGUAUCGUCGCAAUGUGAUCCUCUUUGAGCCCUUCAAUAUGGGUACAAUUGUUACUUUUAAUUCACGCUAUCGGGACUACUUUCGUAUAUUUUAUACCAAUGAAAAUCAUUUCGAUUCUGUCUAUCAACUGGACUAUGUACAAAUGGGAGCAAUUUGUCAGUCAAUUACAUACAAGUUGCUCUACACAAUGCUCUUCAAAUUGCCCGAUGUGAGCUAUGCCGUUGAACGAAUGCUCCAUCCGCAUACCCUUGAGUGGGGCACCUGCGACGUGGAUGUGGACAAACGUGGCUAUAUUUUGCGCAUACGUUGCUAUGACGGACGCAUCUUUCAACUUGAUCUGCCCGAGAAUACCAAAUGCAUACUGGAGAACUACAAGAUGUGCAGCUUUCACAACAAUUUGUUGCCACUUCAAAGGGGCAGCUACAAUGGAGCACAAGUGAAAUUCGAUCAUAAUGAGAAUUUGCAAUCAACAACUGGACAGAAUAAUGGUAACGAAUUGCAACAGAUGUGUCCAAAUCGUUUCGUCUCUUGUGUCCGGCAAUUACUCGAUGAUGGCAUAACCCCAUUCCCCUAUAAGGUGGCCAAAUCAUUAGAUCCAUAUAUGUAUCGGAAUGUAGAAUUCGAUUGCUGGAAUGAUGUGCGUAAGGAGGCAAAACGCUUUAACUCAUAUGCCGGAGAUUAUGAUUUUAAGAUCGGAGCCAAAUGCCGUGUCGAGAUGGAGCACGAAUCUGAGCUAUAUACUUGUCACAUACAAAGUAUAUCCCAAGACAAAACAUACUGUGUUGUCUAUGUAGAAGAAUGUGGCAAAAAGCUUGUGGUACCCUAUGAAUCAAUGCAUCCAUUGCCACCCGAUGAGUUCCGUCCAUGGACUCUGCCCCAUCGCUGUCAACGUCAAUUGCAACGUUUGCAGUUAUCCAAGUUUAUUAGCAAAUCGAAUAAACUGCAUAAAUGGAAGAAGAACAAAAUGUUUGAUAUGAGCAAUUAUUUUGAGGCAACCAAGUGCGAUAUAGUUCAAAUGCAUCAAUAUAUACAAAUGGAUCAUUGCUAUCAUAGUAUGAAUGAACAGGCUGCGGCUCAUCAUCAUCAUCAUCAGCAGCAGCAGCAACAACAGCAGCAGCAACAACAACAACAACAACAUCAGCAGCAGCAACUGCGAGAAGAUGGGGAAUUGCAAUUGCAACCACUUGCCGCCGCUCAGGAAGCUCAAGACCGAGAACGUGAACCGAAUUCUCAGCAACGCCAUCAGCGUCAGGUAGCCACAUGUCCUCCUGUACAGGACACGACGGCUUCAGUGAUUCCGGUGCCCGCAAUUCAUACGCAUUUUAUGAAUUAUUUGCCCAUGCAACCGGGUGGUCCUAAUAACGCCAUCACUCCUGAUGGCCAAGUAGUCCCAGCAUGGGCAACCGGCUCGCCAUUGGCCAUACAUGAGGAAUUUCAAUAUCCAAUUGUGCCACCACCACCACCACCAGGACAAUCGGGUGGUGCUCCAGUUCCAGCUGAUGGCAAUUGCUUAUUUAUGCCUUUUGGUGGACCAUAUGGACCACCACCUCCAGCCAUACCGACUUUGUCGCUGCAACCGCAGCCGUUGCCAUUGUCGAUGCCGCCGCCACAAUAUUUACCAUCAUUUUCGCAUCAAAUGCCGCCGCCACCAGCCACCAGCAGCACUUCGCAAUCGGGGGCAGUCGAGCCGCGUCGUUCGCUUCAUCUCAAUGGUGGGGAUUUGCCAGCCGAUGUGGGCACUUUGCGUUAUUUCUACAACAUGGGCGUGGAUAUGCAUUUGCGUAUGGCCCAUCAAUUGACACCAGUCGAGGAGAUGUCUGUCUUAAACUAUAACAACAAUAACACGGACCAAUUACAGCAACAACCACAACAACAACAACAGCAGCAGCUUCAUCAGAAUUCGACUGCUGAAGAGAAAGUCAAUCCAUCGACAACAACAACCACCCCACCACCUUCGCCUGAUGCUAACAACAACAACAAUGGCACAAUGCUAGAUCCUUCUAAUUCUGCUGUGGCAGAAAGAACCAACCAUCGCUCCAAACAUCGCAACAAUGCAACAAAUUUGCAUUCUAAUAAUAAUAAACCGCGUACCAAGCGUCCAGAGCAUCUAAAAGAUCUAUCUGAUAGUCAUCAUCAAUUGGUGACAGCCUUCUUGCCGACGCCAACACCAUCGCCCAAUACAAAUGGCAAACAAUUUAAUUUCUAUGGCUCGCCGCAAGCUGGACCUCCAAUGAUGGCUACCUAUGUUGGGCCGCAAAUAAUGCAACCGCCGCCGCCGUCGGCUGGACCGCCAGGAUCUGCUGGAGCAGUUCCAUUUUACUUUCACAAAUCAGGCGGACCACCAGCAGCCAAUGGCCAGACUCAUUACGGCUGGGGUAUAGCUGCCGCACCGCCGCCGCCUCAACUUUAUGAGAGCCUCAACAAUCAUCCAGUCCAGGAGACUAAUAAUGGCAAUGGCCAGACAGCGGCUCCUCAAGCGGCUGCAGUUGUUAUACCCAAUGGCAAUGCAGCAAUUCCAUCCUAUGGACCAUCGCGUCAUCAUUAAAGACGUAUUUUUUUCGAGGGAUUUUCGGUUUUAUUCUUGAGGUUUUUUUUUUUUUUUUAAAACAAAACAAAACUAAGGCAUAACGUUUCACAUUAAUACAUUUUCACUAUUAUAACAAUACACAUUUCGAUAUAAUAAUAACAUAAGAAAAUAUUUGAACGAAAACGUAACAAAGAACAACAACAACAAUAACAAAUUAACUUGAUUUUAAACAUGUAUUCACACUUAAAACCAAUUUUUACGCCCCGUGUUUUUUUUUUCUUUUAGACUUCAGCAAAUAAUCAAACUAUUGUCAUUGCCCAGUAUAUAAUCUAUUUAUAUAUAUGCAUAUAUAUAAAUAUAUAUAGAUAACAAUUCUUAUAAGUAGACAAAUCAUGGUUUUUGGUUGCCAUCGCUAUUGAACCUUUUAGAUUUGUCCAAUUGCCUAACCAUUAUCGAAUUAGUUGUAACAAAUGUCAAAUUUAUUUAAAUAAACAGCAAACGAACAAAAUGAAGAACACAAA